GCAGCAGAGCGGCUGUCAGUGGUGAUGAGGGAGAUUAUCCUCCUCCUCCUCCUCCUCGGACACUCAGCGUUAACACGGAUCCACACAAGCUGGAGGGGAGUCGUGACACAAAAUGGGAAACGCGGACACCAAACUUCACUUCAGGAAAGCUGUGAUCCAGCUCACAACCAAAACACAGCCUGUUGAAGCCACAGACGAUGUGUUCUGGGAUCAGUUCUGGGCCGACACCUCCACAAACGUGCAGGAUGUUUUCGCUCUGGUGCCGGCGGCUGAGAUCCGAGCUGUGAGAGAGGAAUCUCCAUCCAACCUGGCAACCCUCUGCUACAAGGCCGUGGAGAGGUUGGUCCAGGGUGCAGACUCCGGCUGCCCCACAGAGAAGGAGCGUCAGAUCAUCCUGAACUGCACCCGCCUGCUCACUCGAGUCCUGCCGUACAUCUUCGAGGACGCCGACUGGAGAGGUUUCUUCUGGUCCACCGUGCCCGGAGCUGGCAGAGCAGGGCGUCUGAAUGAAGAUGGCGUCGACGAUGAAGCUCGACCCCUGGCUGAGUCUCUGUUGCUAGCCGUCGCUGACCUGCUCUUCUGUCCGAACUUCACCGCUCAGAGUCACAAGAAGAACAACUCGGACUUCUCUGAGGAUAUCCGCUCCAUCGACAGCUGUGAGUACAUCUGGGAGGCCGGGGUCGGCUUCGCUCAGUCUCCUCCUCUGAACUACGCCCAUGACCUCAACAGGACGGAGCUCCUGAAGCUGCUGCUCACCUGCUUCUCUGAGGCCAUGUACCUGCCUCCGUCCUCUGACAGGAAAAACCUCAAUCCCUGGGUCUCCUUCUUCUGCUCCACUGAAAACAGACACGCUCUGCCUCUGCUCACCUCCCUGCUCAACGUGGUGUGUGCCUACGACCCCGUGGGCUACGGCGUCCCUUACAACCACCUGCUGUUCUCAGACCACCGGGAGCAGCUGGUGGAGCAGGCCGUCCAGAUCCUUAUCGUCACCCUGGAGCACGACACCGGGUCUGCUGCCAGCGCCGCCAUCAGGGCUCUGGAGACCGACUCUUCAUCCUUAGGUGUGGAGGAAGUGGAGCCGGUUGGACCCGAUAACCUCUUCGUGAAUUAUCUCUCCAGGAUCCACAGAGAAGAGGACCUGAGCUUCAUCCUGAAAGGUUUGGGGAGGCUGCUCAACAACCCACUGCUCCAGACCUACCUGCCUCGCUCCACCAAGAAGAUCCAGUUUCACCAGGAGCUGCUGAUCCUCUUCUGGAAGUUCUGCGACUUCAACAAAAAAUUCCUCUUCUUUGUGCUGAAGAGCAGCGAUGUGUUGGACAUGCUGGUUCCCAUCCUCUUCAACCUGAAUGAAGCCAGAGCGGAUCAGACUCGUGUCGGCCUCAUGCACAUCGGCGUGUUCAUCCUGCUGCUGCUGAGCGGAGAGAGAAACUUCGGCGUUCGUCUGAACAAACCGUACACUCUGAGAGUCCCGAUGGAUAUUCCUGUCUUCACAGGAACUCACGCAGACCUGCUCAUCGUGAUCUUCCACAAAAUCAUCACCAGUGGACACCAGCGCCUGCAGCCUCUGUUCGACUGCCUGCUCACCAUCAUAGUGAACAUCUCACCGUAUCUGAAGAGUCUGUCCAUGGUGGCUUCCAACAAGCUGCUCCACCUGCUGGAGGCUUUCACCACACCCUGGUUCCUCUUCUCCACCCCUCAGAACCACCACCUGGUCUUCUUCCUGCUCGAGGUCUUCAACAACAUCAUCCAGUAUCAGUUUGAUGGUAACUUCAACCUGGUGUACGCCAUCAUCCGAAAGAGGAACGUCUUCCACCAGCUGGCCAACCUGCCGUCCGACACGGCGUCCAUCCAGAGAGCUCUGCAGAGGAAGAAGAAGACGGGGAUAUCUAGAACGAACUCCACAGAGAUAGAGCCCAUGGAGGGCUCCAGACCUGCUGUACCUGCUGAGCCCGGUGCUCUCAAAGCCAGCUUAGAGGCCACUCCAGGUAUCGAUAAGAUAACAGAGAAGUCCCAGGUGAGUGAGGACGGCACGAUGGUGGCUGUCCCUCAUUCAGAGUCUCCACAGACGACGGCUUUCAGCAGAGCGAGCGACACAGAGUCCAACUCAGGGGGAGACCUCGAGGUGUACCACACAGAAGCAGCGAGGAGCCGGCUCUCCAGUGUGUCGUCGUCAGCAGCCUGGAGCCCCAAUCCAGACUGGGUGUCGUCAUGGAAGGCGAAGCUCCCUCUUCAAACCAUCAUGAGGCUGUUACAGGUUCUGGUUCCUCAGGUGGAGAAGAUCUGCAUCGACAAGGGUUUGACAGACGAGUCCGAAAUCCUCAAGUUCCUCCAGCACGGCACGCUGGUCGGCCUCCUGCCCGUCCCCCAUCCCAUCCUCAUCAGGAAGUACCAGGCCAACGCAGGCACCGCCAUGUGGUUCCGCACAUACAUGUGGGGAGUCAUCUACCUACGCAACGUGGAUCCUCCGAUCUGGUACGACACGGACAUCAGGCUGUUCGAGAUCCAGAGGAUUUAAAAACACCGUCUGCCUGUUUGCCUUCCUCAGACUGAGAUCAGAGGAGCAUCUUAAGUCUUCUCUGGUGUCAAGACAGCAGCUGAAAUCUUCCUCCUCACUCUUCGGGCUGAAUGUAGAGAUUCAGCGUCUACAUUUGAAACACUUCAGAUCACAGAGAGGAGACACAGAUGGUCGUCCAGUUGGCCAAAAAUCACAAGUGUCAAAGGGACGUGUGUGGAGGAAGCUGGAUGAUUUCUGCUCGGGUUCUAAGGACCGAUCUUCAGACUGGAGGAUUCUGUAAACAUGGAGCUGAAAAAGGACUAAAGUCGGUCUGUUCAGGGACAGAAAAACUCUCAUCAUGUAUUUUCCGUGAAGUGAACCAUGUCUGAAAUGUCAUGAAUUAAAACUGGUGAGAUCAAAUACA